CUGGGCAGCAGUGUAUUUAGAUUUUCAGCAGGGCCAGAAGGUGGCGCUAAUUCAUGUCAACGCUGUUUGCCAACUGACAGAGGACGGAAGAAGAAGACGAGGGCGCUGACUGUAUCCUGCUCGUGCUCACAUUCAAAACAAAUGUGUUGAACUGGUUUAAUGAAUUCAGUCACGAUUUCUUCUGGAGGUCCGUAGAGCUUGAAAAUGGAAGAAGCACUUGUUCAGGCGGCAAUUCCUCGUGAUCUGGUGGAUUUUCUUGGUGUUGAGCCUCAGACCAACUCUAAAGCACAGGCUUUUACCAAGGCGUUCCUGAAGAACAGCACCCAGCAGCAAUCACAGCAUAAAGUGCAGAGCAUGUUGAGUCACAAGGCUGUGAUCCUUGGCUACUCCAGGCCUAAGAAGGACAAGUCAAGGAGGAACACAAAGAGAGCCAAAGGACUGAACGCUCGGCAGAAGAGAGCAAUGAAGAUCUUCCAUAUUAAGCCUGAACAUCAGAGAUACGAGCUGUUCUUGCCUCUGCAUGAACUCUGGAGACAAUACAUUACUGACCUCUGCAGUGGAUUGAAAUCAACAAGCAAUCCGCAGUUCAUCCAGCAGAAGCUUCUGAAAGCAGACUUCCAUGGUGCCAUCAUCACAGUGGUCCGGUCUAAAUGCCCAUCAUAUGUAGGGAUUACAGGGAUUCUAGUCCAAGAGUUCAAACAUGUCUUCAAGAUCAUCACCAAAGAAGACAAACUAAAAGUGAUCCCAAAGCGGAACAGUGUGUUUGCAGUGGAGAUCAACGGCUUUGUUUCCCACAUCUAUGGAAGCAAGUUUGAGCAGCGAGCCAGUGAACGCUCCGCCAAGAAGUUUAAAGUGAGAGGAACCAUCGACUUGUAACUGACUUGACUGUCGCUUGAGGGUCGAGUGUGCCUCAAUGAACUAUCACAUGCUCUCUGCCCUCUAUGGGCAGUCAGCAGGAAAUGCAACAACAGUGUUGUAGCAGUGUGGAGCCGAUGCUCUGUGGCCAUUUACCGUGGAGACCAUCAUUUUAAACUGUUUAAUUCAGCUUGAAUUUUUUUUCCUCAUUGCAUGUGGACCACUUUCACAGGUCUCACUUUACUUUGAAAUUGGACUCCACCAACUCUUCUUGCCCGGGAUCAGAAUGUCACAGGGAGUACUAAACAGCCAGUGUAAAUGGUUGUAUAAUGUAUUUUGUGUCUCUGCUUGAAAUGAAUAAACUCUGUUAGGGUUAUCUUUGCCUCUGCUGCUUUCUCAUGGUCAUUCUUUUUAGAAUGUAAGACUUGAAGUUGUAAUACUAAAUUGCUUGAGUGCCCCUUUGUCUCUUGUUAAUGUGUAGAGUGUUCAUCUGUAGAGAGUCCAGAGGUUCACCACCAACACAUGAAGACUGUUAUGAAAAUGCUGUUCCUGCUCACAUCCUGUCCUCAGUCAGUAUGUGCCCUCUGUCAGAAUGCUGAAUAUUUAUCACUUGUCCCAUUUUGAGGGUAAAGAGCUGGGUAUUGAACGCACUUUUUGCAAAUGGACACUAAUGUUUCCAUAGAAAAAGUUGCUAUUGAGUUCCUUGUCAUAUUUGUAGUGUUUCCAGAUUAAAAUCAAGCUUUUUUUAAAAAAAA